UUUCGCGAUCCGGCGGUCCAGAGGUUCGAGUGUCGUUGCGCAGGUUGGUUUUGUGUGUUCCAGACACGAGUUCAACGAAAUACACAGCCCCGAGCGUGUAUCCAUCAAGUGUCCAAGGUUGAAGCGAGUACAACAGUGACUUUCUGUUUUGCAAUAAUAUUGACACAGUCCGGAUUAGUGUCUGGUAUUCGCUCCGCGCUAAGCUUGAGAGCGCCAACGCCACUAGAAGUUUUGCCGGUGUUCUUGGAAGGGCUCACUCUCAAUCCGCUGUGGGAGGCUGCGGGGUGACAGGCAACAAAUCGGUCCCAUAUAACCGUAUGAGCUGUGCCCGAGGCUCAUGAAAACGUUUGUUCUGAUUUCUGUCCGUUUCUGAAAAUCGUGUGUCUCGCCGUAUCAUGGCAACCGACCAGCCAUCGAGGGCAGCGAACGAUGUAGAGAUGAGUGCUUUGCCGCGCAAUCAGUCAGCCAAUCGGUUCCAGGUUAAUCUUGUCAAUCACGACGAUCCGGCUGGUGGUGGCGCUAGUCCCGGAAACGGUACCGCCGAACCGGUCACCGAGGAUGACCUGUUCCCGGAGGAAAUGGUAAAGCGCCGCACCUCGCGUCUCCAGUCACUUCGCAGCAGCUUCCGAACCGAUCGGGACCGUGACCGGGACCCAGAGCAACCAAAACAACGGAAACACUCGACCAGAUUCAAUGUCGAAGGCGGCGAAUCCGAUUCAAAUGACGACGAGGAGGAUACGCUUAUCGAUGAGAAUCGUUACGCACGCAGCUUUCGGCACUUUACACGGGAAGCGCUUCCACGAAUGGAUAAUUAUCGGAACAUCCUGUCGUUUCAAGGCAACCAGAGACCCACGCUAGACGAACUGCACGAUGCUUCAAUCACAAACAAGGAAACGAUGCGCCGUGGCACGGUGCAUGAACCGGUCGAUAUGGAAGGUGGUGCCAUCAAGUUUGGCUGGAUCAAGGGAGUGCUGAUGCGCUGUCUGCUCAACAUCUGGGGCGUGAUGCUGUUUCUACGGUUAAGUUGGGUGGUCGGCCAGGCAGGUAUUUUACAGGGGGUAAUUCUUAUUAGUCUCACGACCGUCGUUACAUCCAUUACCGCCUUAUCCAUGUCUGCGAUAAGCACAAAUGGUGUGAUCAAGGGCGGUGGAACCUACUACAUGAUUUCUCGCUCUCUCGGUCCGGAGUUUGGCGGUUCGAUUGGACUGAUCUUCUCGCUGGCCAACGCCGUAGCAUGCGCCAUGUACGUGGUGGGUUUCUGUGAGUCGAUGAUCGACCUACUGGCCACGUUCGAUCUGUCGAUUGUUGAUGGUGCAGUGAACGACGUGCGGAUCAUUGGAUGCAUCACAAUCAUUAUACUGCUCUGCAUCGUAGUCGUCGGUAUGGAGUGGGAAGCGAAGGCCCAGGUCGUGCUGCUCAUCAUUCUGCUGGUGGCGAUCGCUGACUUUUUGUUCGGUUCGGUCUGGGGACCGAAAUCGGAGCUUGACGUGGCACGCGGCUUCGUCGGAUACAAUGGGACGGUGCUGAUGGACAACUUGUAUUCCGACUACCGAGAGGCCAAGGGUACGAAGCACGAUUUCUUUUCCGUGUUUUCGAUCUUCUUCCCGGCUGCUACCGGUAUUCUGGCCGGAGCGAACAUUAGCGGCGAUCUGAAGGAUCCGUCCUCGUCAAUACCGAAGGGUACGAUACUGGCGAUAGCUUUGACAUCGUUCUCGUACGUCGGCAUGGCCAUCAUUGCGGGUGCUACCGUGUUGCGUGAUGCUAGCGGUAACCUCACCGAUGUCACGAACGGGACCUGGGACUUUAGCGAGUGUUUGGUGCAAGGAUGCAACUACGGGCUGCACAACUCGUUCCAGGUGAUGGAACUGGUGUCUGCAUUUGGACCGCUCAUCUAUGCCGGAUGCUUCGCCGCCACGCUCUCGUCCGCACUUGCUAGCCUUGUGUCGGCCCCUAAGGUUUUUCAGGCACUGUGCAAAGACAAGCUGUAUCCGAAGAUCAGCUGGUUCGGCAAGGGUUUUGGCAAAAACAACGAACCGGUCCGCGGAUACAUCCUGACCUUUAUCAUCUCGGUAGCAGUCAUUCUGGUCGGUGAUCUGAAUAUGAUUGCCCCGCUUAUCUCCAACUUUUUCCUAGCGGCGUACUGUCUCGUUAACUUUAGUACAUUCCAUGCCAGCUUGGCAAAGCCGGUCGGUUGGAGGCCAACCUUUAAGUAUUAUAACAUGUGGUUAAGUCUGCUCGGUGCUAUUUUCUGCAUUGCGGUGAUGUUCCUGAUAUCGUGGCCAACGGCACUGGUCACCUUUGCGGCCGUCUUGACGCUGUAUUUGGUCGUAUCGUACCGUAAACCGGAUGUUAACUGGGGCUCGACAACACAGGCGCAAACGUACAAGAAUGCGCUAAUGUCGGUACAACAGCUGAACAACGUUGAAGAGCACGUCAAAAACUACCGGCCACAGAUACUGGUUCUAUGCGGUCAUCCAAGUGCGCGACCGUUGCUCGUCAA